AUGUCGUCGUUUAAAAGUAAUAAAUCUUCAGAGCCCCAAAUAAUUAUUGCAACACCUGAAGACCACCUAAAUGUAUUAUGUCAAAAAGUUCAAGCUCUAUCUCGGAAUCCUGAUUUUUAUAUAAAAUGCGGUCUUAAAGAGCUUGAAGUACUCAAUGACUGGAGUGUUACGCAAGCACAAAUGAAAAAUGAUGGGGGAAAGUCUAUAGCAAGAUGGAAUCCACGUACCGACUGGCCUUCUACUUUAGUUACUGGUGCCUAUGAUUUUGUCCUUCCAGUAAUGAAACAACCAUCCUACCAAGGAAGUAAUACAUGGAAAGUAAAUUUAGAAGAUAUUGUAUUAAUGGCAUCAACAAAUGAUGAUCCUAGUGUGAUUAAUGAAGUGAGCUUGGACGAAUUUUUAGACAACAUUUGCGAUUUCACAGAUCUUCCUUCCCCAUCAUCAAAAUUUUCAAAUAAUGGAUUGAUUGAUGAUUAUGCAAAUGUUGAUGCCCAAGUCACAAUUUUACCAUCACCAUUAAUCGAUGCAGAAGCUAAUUAUUCAUUCGCAAUUUAUCCAAAUUUUGCUUGUUCAAGCAUUCUCGCAAUAAUCUCUACACAAACUGAUACCACUGUACAUAUA